AUGGCGCUUCAAGCCAAAUAUUAUUCUCUGCAUGCUCUUCUUCCUCAACCCCAAACCCAUUCCUCGAACUGUUCAAAAACCAUUAGAAUUGCAACUUGUUGUGCUCAUCAUGUCAUUCAAGCUCAAGCCGAGACAAUGAGGACCAAGAAGAAGCUCAAACCAAGCUUCUUCCAGCAAAUUCGCCAUAAAUGGUCUUCGAAAAUAAGUUCACCAAGAGAGAGGUUUCCAUGGCAAGAACAAGAAAAAGAACAAGACCAAGAACUAGAGAUAGAGGAAGAGGAAGAGGAAGUAGAAGAAUUGAAAACCCCGCAGUCUUUUGGUGUUGCAGAAACUGAUGUGGCGUCAUCAGUGAGUGUCCCGGUGAAAAAUGUUGAUGGGUCUCUUGUAAGUAAUGCUGUUAAAGAAGUCAAUAAAUUGGAUAAUGAAGUUAAAUGGGUUGAAGAAAUUAAAAUUGAUGAUAGAAUUGAGGAAAAACGUAUUGAGUUUCCAAGUAGCAAGCCAAAAACAGUUGUCGGGGGUUUAAACGGCGCCACUUCUGUGAACGAAGGCCUAAAGGAGAGUGGAGAGAAUUGUAGUUCAAAUAGGGCACCAUGGAGGAGAGAUACGGAUAACGAGGGAGAUAAGAGGAGGAGAAACAACACGGAGUUGGCGGAGAGAAUGAUCCCUGAGCACGAAUUGCGGAGACUUAGAAAUGUUUCUUUGAGAAUGCUGGAGAGGAUCAAAGUCAAGAGCGCUGGGAUUACGCAGGCAUUGGUGGAUAGUAUUCAUGAGAAGUGGAAGGUCGAUGAGGUUGUGAAACUAAAGUUCGAAGAGCCUCAUUCGCUUAACAUGAAGAGGACUCAUGAGAUUUUGGAGAGGAGAACUGGGGGUUUGGUUAUAUGGAGAUCAGGCAGCUCAGUGGUUUUGUUCAGGGGAAUGGCCUACAAACUUCCUUGUGGACAAUCAUUUACAAAACAAAAUCAGAUGCUUAGCUCAGAUAAUGUUGUGAGUAAUUUGAUGCAUAAUGCAGGAGAGAACAAUUUGGUUGGGUCUGCGGAAUCAUUUAUACCUUCUGCAAAGUAUUUGGAGAAUCUUUCUGAGGAAGAACUUAUGGACUUAACCGAAUUCAACUAUUUGUUAGAUGAGCUGGGUCCGCGGUUUACAGAUUGGCCUGGCAGUGGGCCGUUGCCUGUAGAUGAAGACUUGCUUCCUCCUGUGGUUCCUGGAUAUAUACCACCAUUCAGACUUCUCCCUUAUGGCAUAAGGCAGUCUUUAAGAGAUAAUGAGGUGACGACGUUUCGUAGGCUUGCAAGAAAAAUGCCUCCACAUUUUGCCCUUGGAAGGAACAGACAACUACAAGGCCUAGCUCAGGCAAUGGUAAAGCUAUGGGAAAAGAAUGCUAUUGCAAAGAUAGCAAUAAAACGUGGUGUACUGAAUACAAGUAAUGAGAGGAUGGCAGAGGAACUCAAGAAAUUGACUGGGGGAACACUACUUUCCAGAAACAAGGAUUACAUUGUCUUUUAUAGCGAUAUGACAUUUAGAUUAUAA